AUGCAUACUCACAGUGAAGGUGAUAUCGUGUUCACUACUAGACCCAAAUCUAAGAAGACCAGAAUCGGCGCGAACUUUAGAGGGUCUAAGUUUAUAGGAGUGUCACGAAAUGGAGAGUCUUGGCAAGUCUACAUCGUAAUCGAUAGACGCAAGAAAUACGUAGGGUGUUUCAGUUCUAAACUUGAAGCUGCAGCUAUCUAUGACAAGCUAGCAAUUAACUUUCAUGGGCGCAAAGCUAAGACCAACUUUUCCUACACGAAGCAAGAAGUUUUGCAGAUUAUAUAA